CGUGACGCAUCCAUGACGUCACUGCGGGCCGACUGUGAUGGCGGAUGUCAGUGAAAUAGACACGAUGAAACAUAAACAUUUACAGGGAAGUUUCGAGAAAAUCGACAAAGAAAUGAGCCGCUAUCCGUUCUGUAUCGUGUGGACACCUAUUCCAGUGCUGUCGUGGUUUCUGCCGUUCAUUGGCCACAUGGGCAUCUGUACUUCCACCGGUGUGAUCAGAGAUUUUGCUGGGCCGUACUUUGUAUCAGAGGACAACAUGGCUUUUGGAAAACCAACAAAAUACUGGAAGCUGGAUAAGAAUAAAGUUUACGGUGGUGGAGUGAACGCCUGGGACGCAGCUGUACACGAGGCGUCUGAAGAAUACAAAACCAGAAUGCACAAUCUGUGUUGUGAUAACUGUCACUCUCACGUUGCCAUGGCUCUGAAUCUCAUGCGCUACAACAACCGCUCGUCGUGGAACAUGGUCAACCUCUGCGUACUUUCCUUUAUACACAGCAAACAUGUCAGCUUUGUGGGGUUCCUGAAGACCUGGCUACCUUUCCUGAUGAUCUGUGGGAUCAUAGUCACCAUCGCCCUCGCUGUCAACCUGCGAUGACUGACAUCACAUGACAGCACCUCAAAGAAUGUUGGGUGGCCGAACACGUGCCUCAGGACCAGUUUAAGCUACGAGAAGCAAAUCAAAUCCUGUUGCUGAAGCAGAACUUUAAAUAACUUUUUAAUCGCACAGAUUCAGACUGCACUGCGAAUAGUCUCUUAUUUGCAUCUGACGACAUCGACACAUGAAGACUAUCAUUACCAUGGUAAAUAAGUGGAUUACAGGGACUUUUUCCAUCACUGCUUAGAAACAAAUCGUUUUGUAUUUAUAAUAUAAUCAUAUCAUACACUUCAACUAAUUCCCCCACCGACAAAUGGUACUGAAUGAAACAUUGAUUUCAUGCAAUUUCCUGUCAAAACUGUUGCAAGUAGUGACUUCACUACCUGAUGUGGUGAAUAUUGACAAAUUAUUAUUUACUUAAUUUUUGGUUGCCAUUUUUUCAUAGAAGUUUGCAUUUAAUUCACUGUAAACCCCAAUGUUGUCAUUUCCUGGUCUUAAUUAAACACAACUUGAAAUGUCAAGUUUUGGGCUCGUAACUCUACUAUCUAUGUUAUAGAGUUUGUAUGACCUAAAUUUGAGUCAAUUAAAUACAAAUUAUUGAGUAGAAACAACAACAUUUAAAUAGCAAAUCUGAGUUAAGUCUACUUGCAUCUAGUUACCUUAAAUAGUUAAGUUCAUUCUAUAUGAUCACCAAGUUAAGUGAACUUAUUUACACAAGUUUUGGGGAUGCCAUUACUCAAUUCAAUUAAGGAAACGAGUUUACUCAAUCAGUUGAGUAAAGUCAACUUAUUAGGGUUUUCAGUUUUGUGCAUCAUUAUUUUGAGAAUGUUAAGUAUUUAAACAUUGCAGGAUGUUUACAGGUAUAGAUUGCUUUGUUUUAUGACAGUCUGUAAACAUGGUUCAGUUCAGUUUAUGUCUGCAUUUAUACUAUAUGACCAAAUAAAAAAGUAUAUCCUUAA